UUGACUUAGACUAUUUUUCAUGUAGUUUUAAAAUAUGGAAAAGAGCAAUUAAAUUAAAGAAUCUAUAUGAGAAUUCUUAGUCAAACUUAAGUUGUUUUGACCCUCGUUAUUAAUUGAAAUAGAGGGAGUAAAAUUUUGAGCUAUAAAUAGGUUGUGGUUCUCUGCAUAUUAUAUAUCCUUUUUCAGUUCCCAACUCUUCAUAUUAUGACAAACGUCCCAAACUAAGAUUUCAUAAUUUAAAACUAGUCCAACCUUUUAUAAUUCUUCUUGUUCUUUUUUUUUUUUUCUCAUGGGGAAUUUAAUUGCAUGCGGUACUUCACCAAGGGUAAUGAGUUCAAGAGCAACAAGGGUUAUUUUUCAAACCGGAGAAAUUCGAAAGUUUAAUGAGCCAAUAAAAGCAGCAGAGCUUAUGUUAGAAUCUCCCAACUCCUUUUUAGUGAACUCCAGCUCGUUGAUCGUCGGCCGGAGAUUUUUUGCUCUAUCAGCCGACGAAGAGCUGGAGUUUGGAAAUAUUUACAUAAUGUUUCCUAUGAAGAGAGUGAAUUCUAUGAUCACUGCAAAAGAUAUUGUUUCCGUUGGAAAACCGGCACCGGAAAGUGAAAAAAUGGUCGAUAACUCGACAGAGAAUGACGUGGUUGGACUGUUAGGGUUUCCGGUGGGACAAGAGUUUAGGUAUAGGGUGAAGGUGUCAUGCAAAUCGAGGAAGCCUUUGUUGGAAACAAUUAUGGAAGAACAAGUUUGUUCAAGGUAGAGGAGUUUUAUUAUAGUUGUCUUUUAUUUUCUUAUGAUCGUCUCGGGUCCGGAACGUACUGAUUCAAUUAAAUCAGAUUUGCGUCAUGUAUAAGUAGGAAAUUUUCUCUACUAAGAAUUUCUUUAUUUUCAAAGCUUUAAUUCCAAAUCCCGAUCAGUGAAUGGGGGUAUUAAUCAUAGAUAUUAUUCAUCCCAACCAGUUGAUGGUUAUUUGAAUUGGCUCAUACUCUCUUUUUUAAAAGAAAAAAAAAUGUUUUGUUUUUGUUGUUGUUAGAUGG